AUGGAUCGGGAGAAGCUUAUGAAGAUGGCCACUGCAGUUCGCACUGGUGGAAAGGGUAGUGUGAGAAGAAAGAAGAAGGCUAUCCACAAGACUACUACUACAGAUGAUAAAAGGCUUCAGAGCACCCUGAAGAGAAUUGGAGUGAGUGCUAUACCUGCAAUUGAGGAAGUCAACAUAUUCAAGGAUGACAUAGUUAUCCAGUUUCUAAAUCCCAAAGUGCAAGCAUCCAUUGCUGCCAACACAUGGGUCGUCAGCGGUGCUCCACAAACUAAGAAAUUGCAAGAUAUUCUCCCUCAAGUUCUCAGUCAUUUAGGACCUGAUAAUCUGGACAACCUGAAGAAAUUGGCGGAACAGAUCCAGAAGCAGGCACCUGGAGCGGGUGCUGCCCCUGCAGAUGCAGCAGCACAGGAUGAUGACGAUGAUGUCCCUGAACUUGUGCCUGGGGAGACCUUUGAAGCUGCAGCAGAGGAGGGUAAAGCUGCUGCUUCUUAG